AAAAUGUGGGAAAAUUAAAGAAUUCAUUAUGUUUGGUAGAUUUUUUCUAAUGAUUAAGCUGCACUUGUGUUGUUACUAGUUGGUGUUACCAUUCUUUUUUUUUUUUUGGAUUGUUAUGUUCAGCUUCUUCGUGAAUGAUUAAAAUACUGGCAUUCGAGCAAAAGAAAUGCAGAUUAUCAGAUUCUUGGAAUAUCUGUCUAUUUGGUCAAUCAUAAUAUGAGAACCUUGUAAAAACUUCCCAUGGUUUAGUUUCUGUUACUGUGUAUGGAGACCAGGAUAAGCCAGCUCUUGUUACAUAUCCUGAUUUAGCUCUAAACUAUAUGUCCUGUUUUCAAGGAUUAUUCUUUUGUCCAGAAGCAUGUUCGUUGCUACUGCACAACUUUUGCAUAUAUCAUAUAAGUCCUCCUGGGCAUGAGUUGGGAGCUGUUGCAAUUAGCCCUGAUGAACCUGUACUUUCGGUUGAUGAAUUGGCUGAUCAGGUUGAUGAGGUUCUCAAUUAUUUUGGACUUGGUGCGGUGAUGUGUAUGGGGGUUACUGCAGGAGCAUACAUUCUUACCCUAUUUGCUAUAAAACACAGGCAACGAGUGCUUGGUUUAAUACUAGUUUCUCCUCUGUGCAAAGUGCCUUCCUGGACAGAAUGGUUCUGUAAUAAGGUGAUGUCAAACUUACUCUACUUCCAUGGCAUGUGUAGAGUGGUGAAGGAGUUAUUGCUAAAGCGAUAUUUCAGCAAGGAAGUUCGUGGUAGUGCCCUAGUACCUGAAUCUGAUAUAGUUCAGGAAUGCAGAAAACUGCUGGACGAAAGGCAGACUACUAACGUCUGGCGGUUUCUUGAAGCAAUUAAUAGGAGACCAGACCUUAGUGAAGAGUUGAGGAAACUACGAUGCCGUUCUUUAAUAUUUGUUGGGGAGAACUCUACAUUCCAUUCUGAGGCUGUCCACAUGACUUCAAAAAUAGAUAGACGAUAUAGUGCCUUAGUUGAGGUUCAGGCUUGUGGGUCAAUGGUAACAGAGGAGCAACCUCAUGCUAUGUUCAUACCACUGGAGUAUUUUCUCAUGGGAUAUGGAUUAUACAAGCUGACUCUAAGUGUCAGCCCCAGAAGUCCAUUGACUUCGUUUUGCAUCUCUCCAGAGCUUCUUUCACCAGAAAGCAUGGGCUUGAAGUUAAAACCAAUAAAAACUCGACUUCCUUAAUAAAUCUGAAAGAAGAGCAAAUUGAGCAAGGUUCCAUUUUUGUGGUAAAUUAUUUGAAGGUGUUAGUAGUAUCUUUCGAUUGGCGGGGUUGAUAAAAAAGAAAUUAAUGGGAGCUUUGUCGAUAGAGAAAAAGGAGCAUAUUAAAUAGAAAUCAGAUAUCAUUCUUUUACAUGUGUCAAUAAAGGUUAGUAGAGAUUGGCCUGAGUCAUCUGCACAUCCUCGUGAAUAAUUUAGCUGGGAUAAGCAAAUAAACAUAAUAUAAAUGAAGACGAUGAGUGUUAUUUAACAGCUUGAAAAGUAUAUAUUGUUAUUGGAUUCUUGUCAA